CACUUUGGGAACCCCUGGGUUAAACAAAAAAGUCUAAAGCAUCAUGAAACUCAUAAUCGUCACUAAAUGAAGAGCUGUUUUGAGCCGAAAGAGUCCCAUUCUAAUGCUGAGUUUAGACAAGUGUUUUUCUCCCAGAAAAACAGUGGAGAAUUUUCCAUUUCGGACAAACUUGACUCUCGCACUGAAACCUGCGGUGGACUCUGGUCUGGACUCUGGACUCAGUCAGACUCACUAACGAUCCGAGCAGCGCUGCUAACGGUAACGAACGGUUCUGAGGCCAGGAGAGGAACAGCAGGUCUUCGUGGGCGAACAAGGCACAAAAACAUGGAUGUUCAUGAACAUGCAUUACCUGACACCGUCAACCCAAAUAACUUCCCUGCCAAACUGUGGCGUUUGGUGAACAACCCAGCUUACACUGCCAUCUGCUGGGACAACCACGGUGAGGGCAUCCUCAUAGAAAAACCCCUCUUUGAGGAACAGAUCCUGUCUCCAGGCAACUUCCUCCUAGGCAACUUCCUCCCUGACAACGCUGACACCUUCAAAACCACCAACUUCUCAAGCUUUGUCCGUCAGCUCAAUCUGUACGGCUUCAGGAAAACAGAGACACCCAAAGAAGACGACCAGCGCCCUCGCAGGACCAGUGGGGAUAUUCAUAAUUUUUACAACCCAAUCUUCAAGAGAAACCACCCUGAACUUGUUGCAGGUCUGAGGAGACUCACUGCUGACUACAAGGCCAAAAUAGAGGCUGGUCAGGACAUCGGCUGUCAGCCUCCGAGUAAAUACAUGCGAUACAGUGGGGUUGUUGAUGCUGGAGGAAGAAAUGUGAAUAGAGAAAUAUUUCAACUACUCAGCCCCACCAAUCAGGAGUCAACUCAUCCUUACUUUCCAAAAAAAGGCCAGCCUGGGACAGUUCACAAUGGAACCCCAGUCCCACCACGAUAUCUGAUGAGGGGUCACGGUGCAGCUCUUUCUCCUACUGUCUUUACUUCAGACAAAGGGAUACAGGUAUCUUACAACCACCAAUACGCUGGAGUAGCCUCAAGCUCCAAUGCUGUGCCUGUUCUGUCUGGUUCACCGGCCCAUGUGAACCAUGGAAAUGUACAAUAUCAGCCUGGCUACUUUUCCCCAGUUUGCCAGUGCUAUCAAAUGAACCAGGCAUCACAGUUGACCCGUAGCAGGCUUCCAACAGGGUCCUUCUCUCCCUACAGUUUUUACCAGGCCAGCCAUACUGUCAAUGUGUCCUCUGCUGGGGACCACAGCCAGGACCCGCAGAACAUGAAAAACCAGGAGAUUAAAAAGGGUGGCAUUAGUUUGGACACAAUUUUCCAGAUUGCAGAUGAGGUCAUGAAACCUCCACCCAAUGGACGUGUGGUUAAAACAAAGACCCCAGAGAAGCCAUGGCCAGUGUCCACACCGCCCUCCCACACCUAUUGCGCCAGCGUCAUGAAAGGAAGCCCUCUUUCUGCUACACCGGUCAUAACAGACAUGUCAGGCAGUGCUAAUCAAGUCAAAAUUGAACCGCCUGAGAUAAAUAUGAUCCCAGUACCUGAGCAGCUGCUUGAAGAUGACAUAUAUGUGGUUAAAGUUAAGGAUACAGAGGACAGUGAGGUCAAAGCUGCGGACAAGAGCGACACUCUCAGGGUUAACAGUCAGGAUUAAGGCAGCAGCUGAACAGAAACUACACCAGUUUUAUUGGUAUCCACUUUUUUAUUUGGUUGGCAUGUGACAGGGAGGAUUGAUUCACCCCAGGAUGUGAUCUUAAAUUCUCACUGUUACUACAUACUUUCGAUUUUAAGCAGUUAAAUUGUUUGAAUUUCAAUGUUAUUUAGAAAGAAGAGUUAAAAACAACAAACAUUUUUGUGCAGUUUGCAA